CUCUCUGUUCUGUUUUGGUGCUAGCUAGUAAUUGUUUUGUGCAUGCAGUUGUUAAAUCACACUCAUCAUAGAUCGGAAUUUUACAUAGAAAAUAAAUACUAUAGCAGUAACUACUAAUAAUCAUAAAGAUGAAUAGUAGCAACAGCAACUUGGAGACACGUUCACUUUUGGAUGAACUUAGUACAUUUAACAAAGGGGGUCUCUUCGACUUUGGUCAUCCUCUUGUUAACCGCAUUGCUGAGAGUUUUGUCAAAGCUGCUGGGAUAGGAGCAGUACAAGCUGUGUCCCGUGAAGCCUAUUUCACUGCUAUUGAAGGUACUGGAAUUGAUAAUGCUGGUGGCAUGCCUCCAGAAAUAUCUGCCACCAAGAAAAACCGUUUACAUGGUCUUAGAGGAGAGACCAGCGGUAAAUCUAUUGAGGCCAUGGUAAAAAACACAGGGAAAGAGUCCUUCCAAUGGGGAUUGGCUGCUGGACUAUAUUCAGGGCUCACAUAUGGGAUGAAGGAAGCUCGCGGUACUCAUGACUGGAAAAAUAGUGCAGUUGCUGGAGCAAUCACAGGUGCAACACUUGCACUUACACAAGACGACUCGUCUCAUGAACAGAUUGUGCAAUGUGCUAUUACCGGAGCUGCAAUUUCAACUGCUGCAAAUCUUCUAAGAGGGAUAUUCUAAACCUGUUGAGAUUUAUA